AUGGUAAAAAUCGGAAUACCUAAGGAGAUUUUACAACCGGAAAAAUUAAAAGCAGGGAGAGACAUAAUGAGUAUGACUCAGGAGAAAAAUGUCACUGAGCAACAUAAGAAAUCAUCUUCAUUGUCGCAGAUGAUAACGGUUAAGAACAUAUGCGGCUUGUCUACUGAACGACAUAAGCAAGAAAUUUAUAAAGCGAAGAUGUGUAUGACGAAGACGGAAGACCAGUGCUGCAUAAGCAACCAACUUGUAAAACAAAGAACUAACGACCGCUUUGGAGCCAAUUUCGAGACAAACAGAAGAGUUCCAGGAGUUUAUAGAAAAACUGGAAUUGUUUUAGCAAAAGAAACCGCAGCUGCGGCAAGAGUAAUAGAUUAUCAAUGGAGGGAAACAGCAAGAAAAGAGGUAUAUUACACACAGGGUAUUCAGAUAGAGUGGUUGCUUAAAGAUGCAAGCUCUCAAUUUCAGGAAGGUGAAAUGGAAAAACCAAAAAUGAUCGUCUUGCAAAGAGAAAAAUAG